ACCAAUACACCCUCUUUCUCUCUCGAGCUCUGUGGAGCAAGCAGUUAGCAGUGUCGGGGAAGGUAGGAAUGGCGACGAUAUUUCCCAACUUAUCUUCCGCAAUUUCCCGCCUAAACCCCAUUUACAGACCUUCACUUUACCUCACAAUCAGAGGUUUCAACAAACUGGGAGCACAGCAGGGACCAUUACCACCCGCACGCUCUAUUCUCCACGCUUCAUUCAAAUCUUUCUCAGCUCAACUUUCUUCUUCAAAUUUCAAUCCGGCAAUGGCGCAGACUCAAAACCAAUUAACCCCAGACGAAAAUUUGGUUGUUCUGGGCAUUGAAACUAGCUGUGAUGACACUGCUGCUGCUGUUGUGAACAGCAAUGGUGAAAUAUUAAGCCAAGUUAUCUCUUCUCAGGCAGAACUGCUAGCUAAAUAUGGAGGAGUUGCUCCUAAAAUGGCAGAAGAAGCACAUGCACAGGCUAUUGAUCAGGUAGUUCAAGAUGCCCUUGAUAAGGCUAAACUAACUGAGAAGGAUCUUACUGCUGUUGCUGUUACAAUUGGUCCCGGCUUAAGCUUGUGUCUGCGUGUUGGUGUACAAAAGGCUCGGCGAAUUGCUGGUGCUCACAGUUUACCUAUUGUUGGUGUUCAUCACAUGGAAGCUCAUACUUUGGUAGCCAGGUUAGUGGAAAGAAAGCUGCAGUUUCCUUUCAUGGCUUUGCUUGUCUCAGGAGGGCACAACCUUCUGAUUCUUGCACGCGGUCUUGGUGACUACAUUCAACUUGGGACCACAGUUGAUGAUGCAAUCGGUGAGGCAUACGACAAAACAGCAAAAUGGCUUGGUCUUGAUUUGAGGAAAAGUGGGGGCCCCGCUAUAGAGAAACUAGCUCUAGAGGGUGAUGCAGAGUCUGUAAAAUUUAAUGUUCCAAUGAAACAACACAAAGACUGCAACUUCUCAUAUGCAGGUCUGAAGACACAAGUGAGGCUGGCAAUAGAAGCCAAAAACAUCAAUGCUGGAAUACCCAUAUCUUCAGCUUCUAGUGAGGACAGGAAAGCUCGGGCUGAUAUUGCUGCAUCAUUCCAGCGAGUGGCAGUACUACAUUUAGAGGAUAAGUGCAAGCGGGCAAUUGAAUGGGCCUUGAAGAUUGAACCAUCUGUAAAUCAUUUGGUUGUAUCUGGGGGUGUUGCAUCAAAUCAGUAUGUCAGGGCUAGGCUUAACGAGGUUGUUAAGAAGAACGGCCUGCAACUCGUGUGCCCCCCUCCCAGCCUUUGCACCGACAACGGUGUGAUGGUUGCUUGGACCGGCAUUGAGCAUUUCCUCGUGGGAAGAUUUGAUCCUCCACCUCCUGCAGAUGAACCCGAAGAUGCUCUGGUUGAUCUGCGCCCGAGGUGGCCGUUAGGCGAGGAGUAUGCCGAGGGAAAAAGCGAAGCUCGCUCGUUGAAGACAGCCCGAGUUCAUCCAUCCCUUACAUCUCUGAUUCAAGCAUCUAGGAAGUAACAAUCAGAAUCUGCAGUCUAAGUUACACACACAACUUAUCUCGUGCUGGUGUGAAGUUGCCAUUUUCUGAAGCUUAUGUUCUUCUCAUUCAAGAAAAUAACCACAAUCGCUUCAAGAGUUGAAUGCUUUCAUGUGCUCAAACUGGAGAGUAUCAUGUUAUUACACAUCAAGCAAAAUCUUCCAAGAAACCAAAUUUAUCUCUGUGAAAAGCAUAUUACCAUUUAGAUUUUAGAGUGUCUAUAUAGAAGAUUUAUAGUAUUCUGUAACUUUAUACUUUGAUUUAUGGGAAAAUUUGUAAGAAAGUGCAUUAUAGUACCAAAAUUUAUCUUUGUGAAAAAUGUUAAGAUAGCAGGGAAAAGGUUUAAGCUGACAAAAAAAUGUUUCUAUUAUUGUGUUUC